AUGACUGAGAUUGCCAAGAAAUUGACAAAAGAGGCCAGCAUUACAAAGAGGCUGGCGAAAGACGUGCUAGCUGACGCAAAGGAGCUGCAGUGUGAGCGCGCCCGCCUCGAGAAAAUGAAGUCAGAAGGCGCAGAAGAAGGUCGCCUUAAUAUUCAAACAAAUGUCAUAAAGGAUGUGGAGGAGUCCAUUCCUGCCAAUCUUGCACGCCUGCAGAAACAGAUAAAGGCCAUGGAGGCCGUGCUUAAAGAGGCAGAAGCCCUUCCGACUCCUCCUGAAAAAGAGCUAGAAGCGGCCAAGGAAGCUCUCAAGUUUGCAACAGAUACUUACGAAAGCAACAAGAAGUAA